AUGUCUCUGAAAUUCUUGUCCCUCGCUCUUGUGGCUGUCGCAACUGCGUCGCCAUUUGAGUCCAUGGCAAAGUCCACCAACGACGACCCUUAUGAGGCAUGCCAACCGCAAGGAGCAUCUGGCACGACACCACCAGCAGUCGGCACAGAGCUCAGCUCUCUCUACACCGAUAUCCUCUCUUCUAUCCAGGGUAUCACUUUCGACAAACGAUCUGUUCAUGGCCGUGCGGAUGGUUUUGGUUGCCGCCAGAGCCUGGACUGCGUCAACGUAAAGAACAUCAACAUCCCCAUGUGCUACGACAAGUUCACCACAAACUUCCAAUUCCCAGAUGGCUCUUUCGGAAACGUCGCUGCCGGAACCUACAACUCAGGAGGCACAGAGGUCAACCUCGUCAGCGGAGACUACACCAAAGAUGGCCAGAGUGCCAACAUCUACUCCAACAACGAGGCUGAGAAGCCCAACACGUCGACUCUUUCGAUUCCUGCGCAGUACACCGGUACCGGUGUCGGAGGUGCGAUCCCUGUCACAGAACUCGGAUCCAUCAUCGUCUACACAACCACCAUUCCCGCCGUAACAUACUCGGCGCCCACCACCGUUGCGGAAACCGUCGAGGUUGCAACCGUCAGCGGGUUGGAGGUUUCUACCACCGUACCCGCUAUCACCAUUACACAAGCCACGACGGUCGCUGCUAAGACCAAUGUUGUAACACAAACAAACACCGCUUCAGCUGCACCCACAAGCAGCGGAGCCGCUGGGCAGGUGUCUGUCGACACAACAAGGUCCUUCGGAAUGUCGAUGGUUGGUGCGUUGCUGUACGCGCUUUUGUAA